AUGAGUUCCCACAACGAGGGAGUGUCCAACGAUAAGAAUUUUCUGAAUCCGGAAGGAAUCGAAUCAGAAAAAUUUGGAAAUUUUGAAAAAUCCGACGAAAUUACUGUCGAGGAGGAGAAAUGCGGGUUGAUUCGGAAGAACGGGCGCAGGAUUACGGUGGAUAGCGAGAAGAAACGAACAUUACCCAACUGGUUGGACCGUCCGUAUCACAUUUGGAGAGAUCAGUUUCAACAGGACAAGUGUUGUCCCAAAAAACGGGUUAAGCAGGAGGCCAUCUCCUCAUUCAUCAUCACCUGCCUCAUCAAUUCCGCCUUACUUUCUUUCAUCAUUUUCGGUAGCCAUCUUUUCCAACUCAAGAACUCGGCGAGCAACGAAGAACCAUCUUAUCUAGAUGGUUUACUAUUUUGUAUCACUACUUUAUCGACGAUAGGUUACGGUAACUUGGUACCCUUCACCACUCAAGGAAAAUGGAUUUGUCUUGGGUAUUGUGCUGUCGGAAUUCCGUUGUUCUUCAUGACUAUCGCAAGGAAUACGAUGCUGGUGGUGGAUGCGUGCAAUGUGUUUCAUAGGAGUUUUAGUAAGAAGCCCGACCCCAACUCAGAUUUCCGGUGGACCACCUCAGCAAUCCUUCUAGCUCUUCACUGCUUCAUCGGAGCUCUAAUAUUCUCGUUUUGGAUCGACGAGCUCCCCUUCCUCGACGCCUUCUACUUCAGCUUCAUCUCCAUCACCACAAUAGGCUACGGGGAUUACUCACCGACUCCCGAUGGGGUAUUUCAGUAUCUCGUUGUCAUACUGUACCUAUGCACCGGCGUGGCCACGAUGCUCAUGUUUUUCGCGCCAUUGCAACGUGGCAUCCAGUGGAUUCACUAUUACGGUAGGAAGAUGUCCGACACGGAAGAGGCCGAGAUUUGGUAUGGCGGACAGAUGAUGACGGUCAAGGAGUUGGUGGAAUUGGUGGCACGGAAAUUCGGGUCGACACCUGAGAAACUUCGAGACGUGCUCCAUGAUUUGGACAAAAUUCUGGAGGUGGCGAUUCAAGAAGCUGAAGAAGAUGAUGAAGAGGACGAUGAUCAGUGCCAAUUAACAAAGAACUCUGCAGGCACCUUGUCCCCACCGGCACCCCGGAAAAAGACAAUUUUCUUGUCGGGAAGCUCUCAGGAAGGGGAGGACUACCAGAAUACGGUGCACUCGUUCACAAGUUCUAAUCAGAGAAGUAUUCCGAAGGAUACCGAGUUGGCCAUCCUAGCCCUUGGCACCAUCCAACACCACCUUCGAAAACCAUCGGUACGAGCCGGAUCUCACCACUUCAAAGUUCAAAUGCCGAAACCUGCAUCGGACACAACAAUCGAGGCGAGAAUGCACGCGACAUCCCUCGAUUUAAGGAAAAAGGCGCAUCGCGUGAAUAGUGACGGACGAUUUUUGGUACAACAGGAGGUCUAG